AUACCUAUUGGGGAUUCCGUAGAGACAGCGACGCUAUACAAAGAUAAAUGAGGAGAUCUGCUAGAGGUGGUUCUAGAGGGAAGAAAAGUGAUGGAAAAGGUUCUCGACCGACAACAUCCCAAAGUGAAAGAGAGGAAUUACAAGAUGAGAGUGGAAAUAUUGCAUGGCGAUGUGCUAUUGAAGGAAAAGCCGAAAGGUUAAAUAGGUGUUUUGAAAAUUCAGAAGAUCCAUAUCACGAAAAAAUUGAAGAAAUGAUGGGUUUGCGUGACGAUGACGAAGGAAAAACACCGUUAGAUAUAGCGUCAAUUCUUGGUCGAGAUAAAGUGGUUGGGGAAAUAAUUUAUAGAAAUUUUGAUGUAAACUGCAAAAUGGAAAAAAGUUUUUACACAUCGCUACAUUUAGCAGCAGCUUGGGGAAGUAUAAAAUGUGUAAAGCAAUUAGUUGAAGCAGGAGCUGAUUUACACCACAAAAACUCAGCUGGCGAAAGAGCCCGAGAAAUUGCACUAAGAUAUUCGCAAACGGAAUGUGUUGAUUAUCUUGAUUGGGCCGAAGCCAAACAAGACCUACUGUUAUGUAUUGAGCGUAUGCGAGCAACUUUAGGUGACAAUGAAAAGGUUCAAGGUAAAUUAACAAGAGAUGAUAAAAAUAUAGCGAAUGGAGCUUGUAACGAGAAACAGGUCUGGGUUGAUGGAUCACCCAAUGCUACAACCAAAGAUUAUAUAGCAAUGAAACACGAUCUUGAUGAAAUUUUAACUCCAAUAUGGGAAAAAAUUAAUAAUCCAAGUAAGGAAUUUUUAUUUCUUCAUUAA